CGAGGAUACAUACAUACCGCUUACCUGUCUGUUACCUCGACUUCUCUACUCUCACCGACAUCCUCCCACAAGGACAUUCCCUUUGCUCAAAUAUCUCUGCUCACGGACGGACGACCAUUUCGAUCUGGCCACACUACUACGAUCACGUUCUAUGGCCCUUUUGAACUUCUGAACCAGUCAAUCCCGAUGAUAACGCUCCCUACGCCGUAAAAUCUCCUCUUUAUACCUAGACCGCCUGCGUCACAUCGACUUCGAGUUACCCCGGCGAGCAAAUAAGAUAGUGGGAAUUAAUAGGAACCAUGGCUCCUCCCCGCGACGCAAAUUGGAUAGACGGUCUGCGUGGUGUAGCCUCAUUCAUGGUCGUAUGUGGCCAUCUCUGCACAUCCUUCGUACCAUGGCUGCAUCAGCCCGCUCUCAAUAAGAAAACCGCGCCUCACCUGUUCCAAUUGCCGUUUUUCCGUCUCGUGGUCGGAGGUCGCACCGCCGUCGCGCUCUUUUUCCUCAUUACAGGAUACGUGAACUCGAUCGGGCCAAUUGGAAGGUCAAGAUCUGGCAAUGUGGACGGUGCUUUCAAUGGAAUCGCACGCAGCUCCUUGGCCCGCUCCGGACGCCUCAUCCUGCCUACAAUGAUCGCAACGGCGAUCAGCUGGUUCAUGGCACAAACGAACGCGUACCACAUGACCAAGCAUGUCGAUGCUACUUGGGUUCGCCAGGGUUGGCAUAGGCAGGAACCCACCCUGUGGAAAGCUCUCACCUCCUUGGUACAUGCGCAGAUAUCGACUUGGACCACUGGCUGGGACGAGUACGAUGGAACACAAUGGACCCUACAUCUUUUCCUCGAGGGUGCCAUGUUGGUCUAUACCACCAUGCUAGCUACCGCAUUGGUGAGGCCCAAGGCGCGAAUGGUCAUUUUUGGUGUACUCUACCUCUACUUUUGGAAUGUCGGAAUUACCCAAAGUGUUGGAUCUAUCAAGGGUCUUAACAUCGUAGUAGGCAUGAUCGUCGCAGAACUCCACCAUCACUUCAAGGACUCGGCGACUUCCACUCUUCCCACCCCUGUUCCUGCACUUUUGAUCAUCAUGGGCAUGUUUAUGGGAGGAUUCCCACAAGACUCCUUCGGGAAUGCCCGUUGGUCCGACAUGAUGGCCAAAACCAUGCGCGCAAUGACUGGCCGCGAUACUGAUAUUCGCCGUUUCUGGGAUCAUCUAGGAGCUUCUUUCAUCCUACUCGGCGUAUUUUUCUCCCGGAACGCUCGCCACGUGCUCACUUCGCCUGUCUUCAACUUCCUGGGUCGCGUCAGCUUCCCCGUCUAUCUGCUGCACAACACUUUCAUUAAGACUGUCUUGACUUGGAUGAUAUACCUUCCCUCGGCCAUGAACCCGCCAAAGAAUGAGAAAGGAGAGCGGAUGGACCUCCAGCGCGGAUCUCCAGCUCACAUGGCUAUCGCAAUUCUCCUUUUCUAUUAUAUCCUCUACCGAAGCGCAGCUCUAUGGGUUCAAUAUGUCGACCCUCUCUGCGCAAAGGCAACCAAUGCUGCUGUCAACUGGGCACUUGGCGAUGCGCCCACGAACAGCAGCGGGCCUCCACCUCAUCGUAAUGGCACCGCCGACAAGCACGUCCUACCAGCAUAGGGCACGUUUACGAACUUUCCUUCUCAUUUUCUUCGUAUUAUAUUCUCAUGAGCAUGGCCGCGGUACCUCUCAUUCGCAAGAAAUUGGUCCAUUUCGCGCAACGCGUUUUAGCAAGCCCUUCUAUACCCAGGUCCGGUCUUUGGCUUAGGACAGGACAUUUUCCUUUGUUGGCAGCAUCGUACUUUUGUCAUAACAUGAGCUCUACUUUUACAGAUUAGGGUUGCAAUCAGGCUUUUCAAGGAUCGAACGAUAUAUUUACCUCAUGUCUGAUCUGGAGUUCGAGCGAUUUCUUCUGAUGCGACAGGACCUACCACUUGAGGCGUCCAUCUUACGUUUUGUCGUUUGA